GACGCCUUUCGCGAGCACACGGCCGCCCUAGCGACGGGCGCCUCGUUGCUAAGGGACGUCCUGAAGCACGGAUUCCUGCGCGCAUGGACACCAGAGGUUGCAGACCCCAGGCCUCUUCGCCAAACCUGCCUCAGCCCCUGAUAGUGACAUAAUUUCUACAGAUUUCCAGUAAUGCUGGCUCAAAUGUGCCAGCAGUGGCAGGCUACGUUGGCAAAGGUGUUGACCGAGUGCUUUGAACCAUGGGGAAACUCCAGAGCAAAAUCAAACAUAACACCUACAAAUACAGAACCGAAGGAUACGUGGAAGAGAAUGGUUCUACUAAAGCGGUCCAGGAGUACAGACAAGCCCAUGCUGAUGCUGUCAACUCAGUCACUGCUCUGAACUCAGAAGUUUGUGUCUCAGGGGGAAAAGACAAGAUGGUUGUGGCCUACAAUUGGAGAUAUGGAGAUAUUAUGAAACAGUUCAAAGGACAUGAACGGGAAAUCACCAAGGUAGCCAGUGUUUUUGGAUCAAACCAAUUUUUCAGUGCAUCUCGUGACAAGACAGCAAUAUUGUGGGAAUUGAAUGGACAUUCACAACCAAUACAACGGUUUCUGGGCCAUGAUAUGGUGGUUACUGGAUUAGCUGUGAGUCCAGAUUCUUCACAAAUAUGUACUGGUUCUCGGGACAACACACUCUGCAUGUGGGAUGUAAAGACUGGAGAAUGUCUUGAGAAAGCUACUAUUUCAAGAAACCUGGUCACUCAUCUGUGCUGGAUCCCCAGAGAACCCCUUCUUCUCCAGACCUCUGAGGAUAAAACCAUCAGAAUUUGGGACAGUCGGAGGUUGCAAGUGGCUCAUAAAUUUCCAGCAAAGCAACAUAUUCAGACCUACUGUGACAUCAGUCCAGAUGGUUAUUACUGUGUCUCCUGUAGCAGUGGCUUUGGAGGGGAAGGCUGUGAAGCAACGUUGUGGGACCUAAGACAGACUAGAGGUAAAAUAUGUGAGUACAAAGGACAUUUCCAGACAGUGACCUCCUGUGUCUUCUUGCCAAAUGGGUUAUCUUGGAUACCAGCAAUUGCCACCUCAUCAUAUGACAGCAAGGUGAAGAUUUGGAACCAAAACACUGGAGCCUGCCUUUUUACCCUCCCUCUGGAUGGAUCUGGUCCUUUGGCUUCCUUGGCCAUCUGUGACACCUCUUCCCUACUUUGUGCAAGUUUCAACUCUGGAAUUCACUUACUCAGGAUCAAUAACAGCAAAGGGCUGCAGAUUCAGGAAGCAGCCAAGUUUUGAUGCCCUAUCACCAUCCUUUGUAAAGGGACCUCAGGCAAAAACAAAUCCUGGAACUUCCUCUCUCAGUGUAAGCUUUUUUUCAGUUGUGUAUAUGCCAUUCAGGAGGGCCUAAGGAACACAUUUAGAAAUGAUACACCAAUGUUAGCACAGAGGUUGAAACAAAUCCAUUGCUUCAAAAACAAGAUUAUUUCAUUUAAUUUAGAAAUACAUGUCAGCUAUGAAGUUCUUAAGCUGAACUUCAUCUAAACAUAUUCUGAUUUUAAUUUAACUCUUUGCCUCACCAUCCAAAAGUAAAUGUAUUCCUCAAAAUGUGCCCACCUUGGUUGUGAUAGGUCGAUAGGGACUGGGUGAAGAGAUUACCUCUGCUGAUGCCAGUCAACACCUUCUGUGAAACUUAGCAUCUUAGAGAGCUGUCCAGAGGUUAAUUGACUUGUCCGGGGUCACACAGCCAGGAUGGGUCAGAGGUGGGAUGAAAUCAGGGCUUCCUGACUUGGAGGUCAGCCUACAGGCAGAAUUAGGAAGAAACAAAUAAACAUCGUAAGAGCUAAGGUGGAGCCAGGUGAAAAUGUAUCUAGAUCCCAUAAGACUCUAUUCUGUGUCCCAACCAGUGUUUUAUCCUCAGUGGAGAUAAGUCCUGACUUUUUGGGCCCAUGCUUCUUCCCUUCUCCUUUGACGCUGACCCCAUUCUUGCCAGGUCUCCUGGGCCCAUGGCAACCAGGAUAGAGAAUAGAAGAAGGACUAAAAAGUAUGACUAUUUUGGUGAGUUCCCAACUCAAGAAGUAAACUAGGAAAUAGCAAUGAAAUAACUAGUCAGAGUAGUGGAUUUGAGGAGUAGACUGGCAAUUACCUUAUUAGAGGAUUUUAAUCUUAGAUUCCCCCAUGCAGCAGAACUUCCAGAAUAGAAAUGUAACCUAUACAGACUGAGCAUACUACAAAUAGGGCCUACUCCACAGAGUUGAUACCCAUUUUGUAUCUGAAAUUCUCAUAAAAACAUUCACCAGCCGGGGUUGUUUUUGGGUCCUGGGAUUACUGGAUCUUUGUAUAGAGUUCUGUCUCCUCUCUUUUUUGCCAUUCGUAGCCAUAGUAUUAGGUUACCUUAUUCUUAACAAGUCACAGAAGCCAAAUGGUACAGAAGCUUAGGUGGCAAAGAUCAGUAAGUAUAAAAAGGAAAAUUGAACCAGAGAUUGGAACAGAGAGGAAUCAUGUGCUCUUUUUUUUGUUUGUUUGUUUAAAUUCUCAGCUUAAUAUGUAUCAAGUAAAAUGAGCGUUUCCUUACGUAAAGUAGGACAGAACAAAAGGGGAUCAUACAUGAAACUAAAAAUCUCAUAUAUGUUGCUUACUUUUCUUUUAAGUAUUUCUUAAAGCUUUGCUGCUGUUUGCUUUUGUACUUCCUUUUUUUCUGUACAUUUGGGGGGGGGG